UCUCUCUCUAUAUGUUUGUUUCUCCACUCAUCGCUCGAAUUGGAUCCAGUUCAAUCCGAAGCUUGUCGAAUUUCAGAACCAAGUGCUUGAAGCAAUUGCACAUGGCCCAACCACCGAUCCUGGCGUUAGCAAUUCCAUCGGAUACCGGUCGUGUCCUCAGCAUUCAGUCGCAUACUGUUCAGGGAUAUGUGGGCAACAAGUCAGCAGUAUUCCCCCUCCAACUGUUGGGCUAUGAUGUGGACCCAAUCAAUUCUGUACAGUUCUCAAAUCACACAGGAUACCCAACCUUUAAGGGCCAGGUUUUAAAUGGAGAGCAGUUGUGGGAAUUAAUAGAAGGUCUUGAAGCCAAUGGUCUAUUAUAUUAUACUCAUCUGCUGACAGGUUAUAUUGGUUCAGUCUCCUUCUUGAACACAGUACUGAAAGUCGUUGAUAAGCUUCGGUCUGUCAACCCCAAACUUAAAUUUGUUUGUGAUCCUGUGAUGGGUGAUGAAGGUAAGCUAUAUGUUCCUCCAGAGCUGGUGAUGGUAUACCGUGAGAAGGUUGUCCCUGUUGCUUCAGUGCUGACGCCUAACCAGUUUGAAGCAGAGCAGUUGACUGGGUCCAGUAUCACUUCUGAAAAAGAUGGGCAAGAAGCUUGCAACAUUCUUCAUGCUGCUGGGCCAUCAAAGGUUGUUAUUACUAGCAUAAACAUUGAUGGCACUCUUCUCCUUAUUGGCAGUCACCAGAAAGAAAAGGGUCAAUCUCCUGAGCAAUUCAAGAUUGUGAUACCAAAAAUUCCUGCAUAUUUCACGGGAACGGGGGAUUUAACGACUGCUUUGUUGCUUGGAUGGAGCAAUAAAUAUCCCAAUGACCUCGACAAAGCGGCAGAGCUUGCUGUCUCAAGUGUACAGGCACUUUUAUUGAGAACACUAGCAGAUUAUCAAAAGGCUGGCUAUGACUGCCAAUCAAGCAGUUUGGAAAUUCGGUUGAUCCAGAGCCUGGAUGACAUCCGCAACCCAGAAGUUAAAUAUAGAGCUAAAAGAUACAACUAAGAUUCUGUUGUGGUCUGGUCUAUUUAUUCCUUUAGGAUAGUCUCAGUAGAAUGAAACAGUUUCAUUUGUACACAAUAUAAAUAGAGUGGACCAUUUAGCUCUUGUUGCUGAGACGGUCAUAUCCCCCAUUAACUUAUAAUUAGAUAGCAACAGAUAGUACUGAGAAGAGCAUUCUGGGAAAAGAGGGUAUGGCAAUCGUUAUAUUCAUUUUGCUAUUCCCUU